AUGCCUUCCUGGCCUCGAAUCUCCCGGUCCGCAAGUCCUGGAAGCAAUUACCUGCCAAUGUCACAUCUUCCAACCAUUGAAGCUGCAAAUUCAGAACCUUCGUCGCGGACCAGAUCCAGGGAUAGCUCACUAUCGAGAGGGGGACAUACCCGAUCAAUUUCAUCUAUUGCCAAGUCAGUUGCAGAUGAAUACUCCAGCCUCACCCCCACAGAAACCGCCGAAAGACUACAAACUUCACUCGUAACCGGCCUCUCCCCCGCAGAAGCACUCGCGCGAUUACAUUCCCAAGGUCCAAACGAACUCCCCCAUGAAGAGCCUGAGCCCUUAUGGCUUCGAUUCCUGAAGCAGUUCAAGGAGCCCCUAAUUCUACUUUUGCUUGGUUCUGCCAUAGCAUCAAUAGCGGUGGGAAACAGAGAUGAUGCUUUUAGCAUUGCAGUUGCGGUUACAAUUGUCGUUCUAGUAGGAUUCAUCCAGGAGUAUCGAUCCGAAAAGUCAAUUGAGGCUCUCAGCCAUUUGGUCCCCAACCAUGCGCAUUUGAUUAGGGGUGAGGUGAGGACGACUGGCCAGCGCACACCGACAUGGCCACCAACUGAAGGCGCGCUUCCAGAGGCGGAAGCACUGAUGGACUCUGCCUCUGGAGACGAUGUGGAGGCAAAAUUGGAGUCUGCAUCUAGCAAGGUCAUGGCUGCUCAAUUGGUUCCAGGAGAUCUGGUUCUGUUCACAACGGGAGAUCGCAUACCUGCCGAUAUUCGCGUUACGAAAGCAUCGGACUUGACGAUUGACGAAUCCAACCUCACAGGGGAGAACGAGCCUGUGAGAAUUACUGCGGAAGCGAAACUCCGAAAUGUAUUCGCUAGGAGGGCUGUCUCAAGUACUCUGGAACCUCCUGGCUCGCCCGAUUAUGCUUCUGCUGGAAGUGGUUCUGUUGGUGUAGACACUCAAUUGAACAGCGCGACGAAUAUUGCAUUUAUGGGAACAUUGGUGAGAUCUGGGCAUGGCCAAGGAAUUGUAUAUGCGACUGGAGGAAAAACACACUUUGGAACAAUCGCAGCAAGUGUUACAGAAACAGAGAGUCCUCGAACCCCUCUUCAACUGUCAAUGGACUCCCUCGGAUCACAACUAAGUCAAGCUUCGUUUUUCAUCAUUGGGGUGAUCUCUGUUGUUGGUUGGCUUCAAGGCAAAGGGUAUUUGGAGAUCUUCACCAUUUCCGUCUCCCUUGCGGUUGCAGCAAUUCCCGAAGGUCUUCCAAUCAUUGUUACGGUGACCCUAGCAUUAGGUGUACACCGGAUGGCGCGACAUAAUGCUAUUGUAAGAAAGAUGCCAAGUGUUGAGACUCUUGGGUCCGUGAAUGUUGUGUGCAGUGACAAAACUGGGACAUUAACGAUGAACCACAUGUCAACGACAAAAAUGUGGUACAUAGAUGCAAAAUCCCCCGUAGAAGUCGAUUCUGACGACGAGGGCGCGGAGAUGAAGCCUGAUGCAGUCACAUUACGCAUUCUUCGCAUUGGUAACAUUGCAAACAAUGCGCGACUGAGUCGCCGAAAUACCCAUCAAUCCAGUUCAUCCACGGCUGUUUUAUCUUCUACAGGCCCAAAGGCUGGGAUGAGUAGGUGGGUCGGACAGCCUACGGAUGUUGCCAUGCUUGAUAUGCUCGAUCGAUUCAAGGAACACGAUGUUCGAGAUAGCCUGGGGCACCGCAUUGGGGAAACUCCAUUUAGUUCGGAAAGAAAAUGGAUGGGUGUCACGGUAGGAGAUGUCAGCAUUGACGGGAGCUCUAAUACGAGAGAAGUCGCGUACAUUAAAGGCGCUGUUGACCGUAUCCUCAAACGAUGUGACACCUAUUUGACUAGAGAUGGUCGCGAGGUCGUUUUGGAUGCAGCUAGGAGACAAGAAGUUUUGGAUGCUGCAGAGAAACUCGCUGAGGAAGGACUUCGUGUUCUUGGCUUCGCAAGUGGUGCUGCUGCGAGACAUACCAGAUCUCUUACUGCCGUGAGCCGAAAUGGCACCCCUGUCACUGCCACAUACCCGACAAAUGAAGCUCCAAUCUCUCACAAUGAAGAUGUGUACAAAGGACUGACAUUUGCGGGGAUUGUCGGUAUGAGUGAUCCCCCUCGAACUGGGGUCGAGAAGUCCAUUAGGCGACUCAUGCGAGGAGGUGUCAAGGUCAUUAUGAUUACUGGUGAUGCUGAGACGACAGCUGUAGCGAUUGGACGGAAACUAGGCAUGUCUAUUGCCAGCCCACGAGAACAUACGCAAAGUUCAGUUGCAGUCAGACCAGUACUCCGAGGCGAGGAGAUCGAGGAGAUGACUGAUGAGGAAUUGGAGGCCGCGAUUGCCAACACGUCAAUCUUUGCUAGAACAAGCCCUGAUCACAAGUUAAAGAUCAUCAAAGCUCUCCAAGCUCGAGGAGAUAUUGUCGCCAUGACUGGCGAUGGCGUCAACGAUGCGCCAGCUUUGAAGAAAGCUGAUAUCGGUAUUUCUAUGGGAAUGCAAGGGACAGACGUGGCAAAGGAGGCUGCUGAUAUGAUUUUGACGGACGACGACUUCUCAACCAUUCUCCAUGCCAUUGAAGAGGGCAAGGGUAUCUUUAACAACAUCCAAAAUUUCCUUACUUUCCAAUUGAGUACCAGUGCUGCAGCAUUGAGCUUGGUAUUUUUCUGCACGUGUUUGGGAUUUAAGAAUCCUCUAAAUGCGAUGCAGAUUCUUUGGAUCAAUAUCAUCAUGGAUGGUCCACCCGCUCAGUCGCUAGGUGUUGAGCCUGUUGACCCAGAUGUCAUGACAAGACCUCCACGAAAGCGCAAUGCUCCAGUCUUGACUUGGCCACUCAUCACGCGAGUCCUUACUUCAGCAGCAAUUAUCAUGAUUGGUACGAUGGCUGUAUAUACACACGAGAUGCUCACCGAUGGAGAAGUGACAAAGCGAGACACUACCAUGACUUUUACUUGCUUCGUUCUCUUUGACAUGUUUAAUGCCUUGAAUUGCCGUUCGGAAUCAAAGUCGGUUUUGAGAGGGGAGGUUGGAUUGUUUAGCAAUACCCUGUUCAAUUGGGCGGUGUCGUUGAGCUUGGUGGGUCAGAUAUUGGUUAUCUAUUUCCCAUGGCUGCAAGAGGUGUUUCAAACAGAAGCAUUGGGAUUCUUUGACCUGGUGGGCUUGACAGUUUUGACAAGCAGCGUGUUUUGGGCGGAUGAGGCAAGGAAAUACUGGAGAUCGAGAGGAAGAAGGCGGUUGGGAAGUGGAUAUAGUCAGCUUGUUUAA